ACUGCACCACACGCGCGCCUUGCGAUCGCGAAGCGGCAUUCGAUAGCCUCCCUCCUUCGACAUAGUCCUCCCGUCCGCGACGAGUUCGCUGCAACCGCCAUCCUGGCUGCCGUUCGAGAGCCUUCUGCGCCUGCUCCGGCAUUGGACAACAUUACAGAGCACGAGCACGAUCACGAUCUUCCCUCCUUUCGAGACGUCAUGGAGGAAGCCACGGCUCUGGCUACCCUUGCGUUGCCGCAAACGAACCUCGAGACAAUCUCGCGGCCCAGUUCCACGUCGACUUCGGAAUCCGCUUCCGCAGCCGCAGUUGUAGCCGCGGCCUCCACGGUUCCUCAGUUGCCAGGCAUUUCAGCGCUUGCCCAGGCCAACAACUCUGCGACGAGCUCGCCUCAGAUGCGGUACAGAAGCGAUUCCCGCGCCCGCUCCCGUUGCCGCCUCCACACCGACUCAGGCGCCCGCGCCAGCUCCCGUGCCGACGCCGACUUACGCUUCUGGCGGAGGAUCCACCACGCGAUAGUCGUCAACACCAAGACCAGAGUCCCAACUCUCAUCGCGCGCUUCACCCCGUCAAGCACCACAAACAAGCAAACGGUCAUAUUUUUUCGCAUUUAUUUUGGAGCACACACUUGGAACUCCUUGACGGAAUCUUUUGCGACCAUUUCGCUGGCGUUGCGCAUCAUGAUGGCCACCCAAGCUAACGAAUCUACGCAGCCAACAUGCCAAAACUGCCAGACCUCAACCACGCCCUUGUGGCGGCGCGAUGAGUAUGGAUCAGUCCUCUGCAAUGCAUGCGGGCUGUUUCUCAAGUUGCAUCAACAGCAGCAGCAGCAACAACAAGCCCACCAGUUUGGCGCAAACGAUCCGAACGGCCUCGACAUCCAUGGGCAGAACCAGCGCAGACAGUCGCAAAAGUCAAACGGCAAUCCGGACGGCUCUGACUCUCCCGUUUCUCGUACCGCAACCCCUUCUCUAUACAACCCUAGCCUCCCGGUCUUCCAGGGCAUGGACGAUGCGCAACUUCAGGCUGGACUGCAGGGCUUCAACGUCUCUGGGUCGGACAACCGCUCGGGCUCCCCCCUGAAUGGCGACCGACACCUCGAUGUCCCGCAAACACAUGAGCAGCUCAUUGCCGCCAAUUCUGCCCUCAAAACCCGGGUUAGCGAACUAGAGCUGAUCAACGAACUUUUCCGUGGUCGGCUCAGCCAAAUGGAGCAAGACGAAGCGAGCGCAAGAAGAGGGCAGGAAAUUAGCGGCAAAGCAGAAGCUCAGCUGCGGGCUCAGCUUGAGAGCAGCAAGAAGCAAUUGGACGAGAGCCAUCGCAGAGAAAACAACCUCAAGCGACGUCUCGACGAGAUGGAGCUGGAGCUGAAGGAGGCCAGAGAUGCCCUGGACCUUUCUGACUCUGGCCGCGCAGCAAAAAAGCCUAGGAUUGCCGAAGUGGUUGCCAAUCCAGCCGUUGCUGCGGCCACGAGCGGAGGAGGCGGUGACGGUGGUGGUGGUGGAGAAUCCGAAGUCUCGACUCCUCAAUCCGCCGCCGCGAACUGA